CUCUGCACAGGAAACUUGUUUCAUGUAAGUAUAAUCAGCUCUGCUGCUGCUCGGUGGUCUCCAUCCUCCUGUCCCAAAUGGCUUCUUUCAAAUUCUUCCUCUUUUUGUCUCUAAUCUCAGACUUAACAGCUCUUCAGCAGGAUGUUCAGGUGAAGCUUGGAGAUGACGUCACUCUCCAGUGUCAGAUUUCCACAGAUGAAAUAAUCUCAGUGCUGAAGUGGAGCAGAGCUGACCUGAACACAGACGGCUACGUCUACUUCUACAGGAACGAACGUUCCUAUGAAAACUACCAACAUCCAUCUUUUCAUGGCCGAGUGAAGCUGAGGGACCCGGAGAUGAAGGACGGAGACGUUUCUCUGAUCCUGAAGAACGUCACGUUUAAUGACACUGGGAUUUAUGAGUGUCACAUAGCAGUGAGGAACCCUGUGAGAAGUAAAAGAGCUCACACUGAGAUCAGUCACUUCAUCCACCUCACAGUCACAGGUGAAACACAUGAAAGCGUGUCAGAGAAACGAGUCAUAGAAAGAGGAGACGCAGAUGAAAACAUGGAUGAUACUGAAAGGGUCGGAGCUCCAUCUCUUCAGGUUGUUGUUCCUGUUGUUGUUGUUGUUGUUGGUCUUUUUGCCGUUGGUUUUGUGACACACCAACAAACUUGUCAACAUAAGAAGCAACGUCCAGUCAAGCUUCCUACUGAGGACUCAGAUGAAGGACUAUGAAGCUGCAGAAAUGUAUAAACUUUCUUGAUGAAAACUAAAGCGCUGACAUUAACUCAUUUUAUAAAAUGUAUGUAUAUACAGAUCUUAAUAAAUUUGUUAGACCACAUCAUAAAAACAGAAAACACACACAACAUUUUAAUACGGACUCAGUGAAUUCUCAAAAAAAAUACUCUUCAGACUAAAUUUACAUUUUAAACUCAAACCUAAACCUGCACACUGUAAUUAUAUCAUAUAAAUAAUAAUAAUAAUUAUGUUCGCAUGAAAACAAUUUCUCAACAAAGAGGUUUCUGCUGGACAGAAACAUACAAUAAAUGAUUUUAGUAAUCAAACUGCAGCACUUCACAUUAAACUCCAUCUUUCACAGCAGUGUCAGUUUUAUUAAUGUAGCAGAUUUUUGGAGUCUGUUUCUGAAUGUUUGCACAGAUUUGACUGACCUCAGGUCAGCAUGCAGCUUGUUCACAAGAAUGGGACCACGGUCACUGAAUGCACCAUCAGCACAUUUACAUCUAAUACUGGGAACAGUUAAACAAUACGAAGCCCUGACUGUAAAUCCAUUUAUAAACACACUGCAGGCCAUGAUUUCCAGUCUACUUCUCCUUUUCUGGAUUGAGUCAGGAAGAAUUAACUUCCUUGUUUUCUUUUAUUUACUUUUAUUAAUGUGAAAUCAUUUAGGGAAAAAAGUUAUGCAGCAACAGUUCAAUCAACAUCCAUAAUUAAGCACCAACCUUUAGUUUAAAAGGUUGCAGAGAUUUGAUUCAUUGUUUUCACACACAGAGUCCACACCUUUAUUCUUAAAUCAUCUUUGGGAUGUUCUGGAGAAGACUGCAGCUGUUUGAUUCUCCAGUUAUCAAUACUUUACAUAUAAUUACUGAAAUGUAUGCCUCAUCAAAUGUUUCCCUUCAUCAAAGUUAAAGGCAGUCUAUUGAAAGGUUGAAGGAGAGUGUGCAUGUCCAGAUUAUGUUAUAUUGCACAGCUGUUCCUGAUGUGCUGAUGGCAGCGUUGCAAAAGUUUAAAUCAGGAAGUUCAAAGCAUUUCUGCAUCAACAGGAACUGUCUGAAUGAUUAAACAUGUAAAAGUUUUGCAAAUAUUCAGCUCCUCUGUGAACUGUAAACAUUAAUGCACAUCAAUGAAAAAUACUGUUGAAAUUUAAAGUAUUUUUUUUAAUAUCUUUGACUUUUAAAUGAAUCGAUUCAGGUUUAGUUAUCAGAGAGUUUGUGUUCUUUCUUUUACACUAAAGGAAUCCGGGUGAUUUUUAAUGAUAAUUUAUUUACUUGUAUCAAAGGUACCAUUGAAACAUUGUGUACAUGAUAGAUGUCCAACAUGUUGACAAUGAAAUGAAAACAGCUGCUUUCUUAUUAUGUCAUUAUUUUUUUGGUCCAGGCCAUUUAUGCACAGUUAACCAAAAUGAGCUCAACACCCCCAUCUUCAAUCACUUUGUGCUUAAAACCCUCAUGUUUAAUAUUUAAAAGGUUGUUAAACUUCACUGUGAACAUGAUGUGACAUAAACAAACCCUCUGUGGAGCCAAAACUGAGUAGAAAAAAAGUAUGUGUGUAUUUGCACACACUUUACUCUUUACUGGUGGCCGUGCUUAUACUUACGCUCACUGUUCUCUGGAAUAAACAGAUUAUUCAUCAGCUUAUUUUAGAAGUAUGAAAGCCUCACCAGGAAGCCAAACACACUUCAACACUCACACUCUGUUUUAUCACACACGUUUAACUGAAAGUACUCUUAAUCCAAAGAUAAAUUAAAUACAUCCAUUUUAUUAGGAACAGCUGAUCCUCAGCCACAUAUUCAUUUUAAUAAUCUGUAAAAGCAUCAUUGAUGACCUGCUUGUAUUCAAAUGGUACUUAAAGUAAUUUUUCUUCCUCUAGUGGUCAUGAAUGAAACAAUCAGUGUUUUUUGAACAGCUGUGAAUGUAAUGUUCCAGUUUGACCUCCGGGUGGCAGUGUUGUCUCACGUUGGCUAAGCAUACAGAAGAAUAUACUGUAAGAACAUGUGUUAAAGCAUUAAAAAGUGAUUUUUUUAAAAACGAUUUUUUUCCCUUCU